AUGAAGAAGUUUUCCCGCAUGCCCCGGUCGGAGAGUGGAGGUCUGGGGGUCUCUUCGUCAUCCGGGUCCGGGACCAGCUGCACCUAUGUGGGGAAAGUGUUCGCCGUGGGCCGCUACCAGGUCACGGUGGAAGAGCUGGUAGCUGAAGAGGACCGGCUGCCUCCGAUGGUGGAGGUGAACAAAGGUUUGGUCCUGGAUGAAAACAGCAUGAAGAAGAUUACCACUCUGCAGCUGUCGGCGAGUGACCAGGACAGCGAGCCGGGGGAGCUGCUGUACCAUGUGACCAAGCAGCCCGCACUGGGGCACCUGGAGCACGCCAACGUCCCAGGCACCCGGAUCAGUUCAUUCACUCAGGCAGAUCUGGCGUCUCGCAGCAUCCAGUACGUCCACACCAGCGAGGAGGAGAAACACGCCGAUCAGUUCUCCUUCACUGUGUCUGAUGGAAACAACGAGGUGGCUCAGACCUUCUACAUCACCAUCAAGCCUGUGGAUGACUCCCUUCCGUUGCUGUCGGUCCCCGGAAUGAGAGUCCAGGAGGGAGUGCGGAAAACCAUCACAGAGUUUGAACUGAAGGCGACAGACGCAGACACGGAGGCAGAGUCCCUUGUUUUCACCGUGGUCCAGCCUCCACGGCACGGCUCCAUCGAACGCACCCACAACGGGCAGCACUACCGGCAGACCAGCUCCUUCACCAUGGACGACAUCUACCAGAACCGCAUCAGCUACAACCAUGAUGGCUCCAACUCCCUCAAAGACCGCUUCACCUUCAGCCUGUCCGACUCCACCAACCUGCUCUUCCUGCUGCAUGAGGACGGCAAAGAGAUUGUGACCGCAGCUCCUCAGAAGUUUAAGAUCGACAUUCUCCCAGUGGAUGACGGAACCCCACGCAUUGUGACCAACCUGGGCCUGCAGUGGCUUGAAUACAUGGACAAUAAGGCCACAAACCUAAUUAGUCGCAAGGAGCUACUCACUAUGGACCCAGACACUGAGGAUGAUCAGCUGGUCUAUGAAGUCACCUCGGAGCCUAAACAUGGAUUUCUAGAGAGCAAACUCAAACCUGGCAACCCCAUCACUAUUUUCACACAAGCGGACAUAAACCUGGGUCUGAUCCGCUACGUGCUGCAGCCGGACGGUCUGGAGGAGACCAUGGAUCUCUUCCGCUUCUCAGUGCGGGACAGUAAACCCAACAUGGUCACGGACAACGUCUUUCACAUCCAGUGGUCCCUCCUCAGCUUCCAGCACACCAGUUAUAACGUGAGCGAGAAGGCGGGCACGGUGUCGGUGACGGUGAAGAGGACCGGGAACCUGAACCAGUACGCAGUGGUGUUGUGCCGCACUGAGCAGGACUCUGCCUCCUCCUCUUCCUCCAGCAACAAAGCAGGCUCCCAAGACUACGUGGAGUACGCAGGCCAGGUCCAGUUUGACGAGCGCGAGGAUACCAAAGUGUGCACAAUCAUCAUAAACGACGACCAGGUCUUUGAGGGCGUGGAGCAGUUCCACGUGGAGCUGAGUAUGCCAGUGUACGCUCUGCUGGGGCAGAACACCAGAGCCCUGGUCCACAUCAACGACACAGAGGACGAGCCACGCCUGCAGUUCGACCACAAGACCUACCACGUGAACGAGAGCGCUGGCUUUGUUCACGCGCCUGUGGAGAGGAAAGGUGACGCCUCUAGCACAGUGUCCGCACUCUGUUACACUGUCCCAAAGUCGGCCCAUGGCUCCAGUCUGACCGGCCUUGAGUCCGGCUCGGACUUCAAAACUCGGGGCAUGACAGGGGCGAGCCGCGUGGUGUUCGGACCUGGCGUCUCCAUGACAACCUGCGAUGUGAAACUCAUUGAUGACAGCGAGUACGAGCUGUCGGAGGAGUUUGAGCUGGUCCUGUCAGAUGCCUCCGAUAACGCACGCCUCGGUGACGUGCCAGUGGCCAAAGUGGUGAUCGACGGGCCCAACGACGCAUCCACUGUCUCCCUUAGCAACGCCACCUUCACCUUCAACGAGGACGCAGGCACCAUAGAGAUCUCAGUGCUGCGUCAUGGAAGUGACCUGUCCUCUCUCACCUCUGUGUGGUGUGCCACUCGGCCCUUGGACCCUCCCUCUGCCAGCCCCGGAGUCGACUACAUCCCCAGCUCUAAGAAAGUCCAGUUUAAACCAGGAACCAUGCAUGAGACGUGCAGCCUGACCAUCAUGGACGACCUCCAGUCUCCAGUGAUCGAAGGCCCUGAGACUUUUGUGGUGUUUUUGAGCUCUCCUCAGGGCGCGGUGCUGCAGGAGCCAUAUGAGGCCAAUGUUGUGAUCCAGGACACUUUCUUAGACAUUCCAAGUAUGCAGUUUGAGAAGACGUCUUACACUGUGAAGGAGAGGGAGUCUGUGCUGAACCUGCCCAUCCUUAGAACCGGAGACCUGUCCUUUAAAUCUUCUGUGCGCUGUUUCACCCGCACCAUGUCUGCUGCUGUCAUGGACGACUUUGAGGAACGAGCCAACACUGACCAGUCCAGAAUCACCUUCCUCAAAGGAGAGAGGGUGAAAAACUGCACCCUCCGCAUCGUAGACGACUCUGUGUUCGAGCCAGACGAGGAUCUGCAGGUGCAUCUGGGCUCUCCUCUGGGGGAGCACUGGAGCGGGGCCAUGAUCGGAGAAAGGGAUGUGGCCACUGUCACCAUUUCCAACGAUGAAGAUGCUCCCACCAUAGAGUUUGAGCAGGCGUCCUAUCAAGUGAGAGAGCCCCCUGGUCCAGACGGAGUCCAAGUCUUGAACAUUAAAGUGGUCCGAAGAGGAGAUCUGGACCGGACCUCCAAGAUCCGCUGCAGCACAAGAGACGGAUCCGCUCAGUCUGGAGUGGACUACAACCCCAACAGCCGCGUGCUUCGCUUUACCCCAGGAAUGGACCACGUCAUUUUUAAGGUGGAGGUUUUGUCCAAUGAGGAUCGCGAGUGGCAUGAGUCUCUAACGCUGGUCCUUGGACCCGACGACCCGGUGGAAGCAGUGCUUGGAGACAUCCCUGUGGCAACAGUAACUAUCCUGGACCAGGAAGCAUCGGGCAGCCUCAUCCUUCCUGCCCUGCCUAUUGUGGUUUCAUUAGUGGACUACGACCAUGUAGCAGAGGUGACUAAAGAAGGCAGUAAGAAGGGCCCAUCUCCUGGGUACCCGCUGGUGUGUGUGACUCCCUGCGACCCACACUACCCCAAGUACUCUGUGAUGAAGGAGCUCUGCGACGAGGCGGGCAUCAACCAGAGCCAAGUGCACUUCUCCUGGGAAGUGGCUGCUCCCACAGACGCCAGCGGGGCCAGGUCUCCCUUUGAGACUGUGACGGAUACCACACCAUACACCAGCGUCAACCACAUGGUGUUGGACAGUAUCUACUUCUCGCGGCGGUUCCACGUGCGUUGUGUGGCUCAAGCACGUGAUAAAGCUGGACAUUUGGGAACUCCUCUGAGAAGCAAUAUCGCCACCAUCGGAACGGAAGGAGCCAUCUGCCACACGCCUGUUACCACGGGAACGGCACGGGGCUUCCAGGCACAGUCCUUCAUUGCCACGCUCAAGUAUCUGGAUGUAAAGCACAAGGAGCAUCCCAACAGGAUCCACAUCUCGGUGCAGAUUCCUCAUCAGGACGGAAUGCUGCCCCUUGUGUCCACUAUGCCCCUUCACAACCUGCACUUCCUGCUUUCGGAGUCCAUCUACCGACAGCAGCACGUCUGCUCCAACCUGGUCACACUCACCGACUUGCAGGGCAUCACUGAGUCUGGUUUCCUGGACGACGUCUCGUACGACAGCAUCACUCUGGGCCCUGGGUUUGACAGACCCUUCCAGUUCAACCCCAGCGUUCGGGAGCCUAGGACCCUGCAGCUGUACAAGCACCUGAAUCUGAAGAGCUGCAUCUGGACCUUUGACGCCUUCUACGACAUGACCGAGCUCAUCGACGUCUGUGGAGGCUCCGUCACCGCAGACUUUCAGGUGCGGGACUCGGCUCAGUCCUUCCUCACGGUCCAAGUUCCUCUCUACGUGUCUUAUAUCUACGUGACGGCUCCUCGCGGCUGGGCCUCUCUGGAGCACCACACUGAGAUGGAGUUCUCUUUCUUCUACGACACUGUGCUCUGGAGGACAGGAAUCCAGACGGACAGCGUGCUCUCAGCGCGACUCCAGAUCAUCAGAAUCUACAUCAGAGACGACGGACGCCUGGUCAUUGAGUUCAAGACACAUGCCAAGUUCAGAGGCCAGUUUGUGCCAAACCACCACACCCUCCCCGGCCACAAGUCUCGGGUGAUGGCCCCGGACCAUUUGGGGGGGAUGGAGUUUGACCUGCAGCUGCUGUGGAGCGCCCAGAGCUUUGACUCUCCCUAUCAGCUGUGGAGAGCCAGCAGCUCCUACAGCAGGAAGGACUAUUCGGGGGAGUACACAGUGUUCCUGAUCCCCUGCACAGUUCAGCCCACUCAGCCGUGGAUCGACCCCGGAGACAAGCCCCUGUCCUGCACUGCACACGCACCAGAGAAGUUCUUGGUGCCCAUAGCGUUCCAGCAGACGAACCGCCCUGUGCCUGUGGUUUACUCGCUCAACACAGAGUUCCAGCUCUGUAACAACGACAAGGUGUUUCUGCUGAAGCCGAGCAGUAACGACGUCUCUGUCAACGAGAUGGACUACAAAGGAGCCUUCUCCAUGGGCCAGACACUGUACGGCAGAGUGCUGUGGAACCCGGAUCAGAACCUGAACGCUGCGUACAGACUGCAGCUAGAGAAGGUCUACCUGUGCACGGGACGAGACGGAUAUGUGCCUUUCUUUGACCCCACCGGGACACUGUACAACGAGGGCCCCCAAUACGGCUGCAUCCAACCCAACAAGCACCUCAAGUACCGCUUCCUGCUGCUGGACCGUAAGCAGCCAGAGGUGUGCGACGGCUACUUCCACGAUGUCCCCUUCGACGCUCACUUUGCGUCUGACGUCCCAGAGCUGCAGUCCAUGAGCUCGAUGCCCGGCGUGGACGGCUUCACCAUGAAGGUGGACGCUCUGUAUAAGGUGGAGGCGGGGCAUCAGUGGUACCUCCAGGUCAUCUACGUCAUCUCCCCGGACUCCCGCACCGGCUCCAGAGUCCAGCGCUCUGUCACCUCCCUCCUCGUCCCGCAGACCCGACCCAGACCCAGACGGGACUUGGCCAGACUGCCCCUGGACGAGUCGCUCAUCUACGACAACGAGGGAGACGCGGUGAAGAACGGCACCAACAUGAAGUCGCUGCGGCUGGCCGUGAUGCCGUCGGCGUCCUACACGGCGCACGUGGGCAGAUCUGUGGGCGGCAGCGUGGCGGCUGUGUGUGUGGUGGCCGUGCUGCUGCUGGUGGCGUGUUUCGUGGUGCGACGCUGCAGGAAGAAGCAUGCACUCAAAAAGAGUAAUGAGCGAGUGUGCGGUCUGCAGAAGCCCCUGGAGGAAUACCCGCUCAACACCAAAGUGGAGGUUUGUCUGGAUAAGUGCGUGGAGAAGAACUUCGGAAACAACUACGGCACGGUGCGCAACGUCAACCUGCUCCACCGCAACCAGGAGCCCGCGUCCCCGCCUGCCAGGGUCAAACAGGUGAACCUGGAGGUGAGGCUGCGGAACAACCUGAGCGAGGGCACCGAAGUCUGA